AUGCUUGUAUUUUGGACCAUGUCGUGCGACUUGUCUCAGGAAGCCCAUUUCAGCCGCUUGUACCCUGAAUCGAAGUUUUUCAGUUAUGGUCUACGACUCAUGACCGUAGGGGUUUGGCCGAUUAGAGGCCAGCGUAGUGAGUACCCAGUAACCAUUUCUUUGUCAUCGUCACCUACUCCCAAUCUGUGCAACGAUCGAUAUGAGAAGACAACCGCAAGCACCAUCACGACCGAAUAUAAAAUCCUUCCACCGCAACGCAACUACCGACGGACGGUGGAUGGAUGGAUGGACACACCGACUCCAUCGGUGACCAUGACGACAUCCGCUUCGCCGUCGUUCGGUACUGCUGUCAAUAACGUGUCUGGCAACAAGCAGACUUAG